GGGGGGAGCUGGGCCUGUCCGUCCGUGUGUCCCCCCCUGCACCUCCACGGGCUGCGCGUCCCCGACGGGCUGCGCGCUCCCGACGCGCCCCAUGCUCGGCGCUGCACAGCGCCGUAGGGGCGGGACCUCGCCCUCAGACACGCCCACUCCCCCGCCCACCGCCUAGCGUAGCCCCGCCUUUAACAACCUCUCCGGUGGAGUGACGCGUGCGCGGAGCAGCCAAUCAGAGCGGUGCGUGGUUUUCAAACGGGCGGCGCGCGGGGAGCGGCGGGACCUGGACCGGGGCCUGGACCGGGACCGGAGAGCGGGACCGGGGCCAUGCGGGCCGCCCAAAGCCUCACCACGCAGCAGCGGCCCCGGCGCCCCCCCCUGCAGGAGCUGCGGCUGCAGUCGGGCGCCGAGCGCACCACCCUCACCCCGCUGCUCCGCCGCCUGCGGCUCAAGGACCAUGACUGCGCCACCCCAGUGUCCUGCACCCGGGGCCCCCCCAGCAGCAUCACCUCAGUGCCCUGCACCCCAGGACGCCCCAGAAGUGCUAUCCUGCUCCCCCCCAGCAGCACCACCCUGGUGCCUUGCACCCCGGGGCCCCCAGGGACUCCCACCCUAGGCUCCAGCACCUUGGAGCCCCUCGGAACUCCCACUCUGAAGCCUGGUGCCCCUGAGACCCCCAGCAAUCCCACCCUGGUGCCCAGUGCCCUGGAGCCUCCCAGCAGGACCAGCCCAGAGCCGCCUGGUAGUCCCACCCCAGGGCUCAGCACCCCGGAGCCCCCCGGCAGCACUGUGCCAGCCCCCCUGUGCAGCCCUGUGCCAGCACCCAGCACCCCAGACGCCUCUGGCAGCACUGUGACAGCCCCCCUGUGCAGCCCUGUCCCAGAGCCCAGCACCCCGGAGCCCCCCAGCAGCACUGUGCCAGCCCCCCUGUGCAGCCCCAUGCUGGGGUCCUGCACUUCGGAGCCCCCCAGCAGCAUUGUGCCGGCCACCCUGUGCAGUCCUGUCCCAGGGCUCAGCACCCCGGAGCCCCCCAGCAGCACCAUGCCAGCCCCCCUGUGCAGCCCCAUGCUGGGGUCCUGCACUUCGGAGCCCCCCAGCAGCACCGUGCCAGCCCCCCUGUGCAGCCCUGUCCCAGGUCCCAGCACCCCAGAGCCCCCCAGCAGCACCAUGCCAGCCCCCCUGUGCAGCUCCGUCCCAGGUCCCAGCACCCCAGAGCCCCCCAGCAGCACCAUGCCAGCCCCCCUGUGCAGCUCCAUCCCAGGUCCCAGCACCCCAGAGCCCCCCAGCAGCACCGUGCCAGCCCCCCUGUGCAGCCCUGUCCCAGGGUUGUCUACCCCAGAGCACCCUGGCAGCACCAGCCCAGCACCCUGUACCCCAGGACCCCCCCGACAUCAUCAGCUCAGUGCCUUGCACUCCAAACUCCCCAGGCAGCACCCCUCUAGCACCCUGCAACCCCAGGUCCCCUGGUAGCGCCAGCCUGGCCUCCUGCACCCCAGGGCCCCCCGGCACCAGCUCCACCCCGCAGGAAGCUCCCUUCCACGGGUGGCGAGUGGCGCCCGCCGACCUCUCCUGCAGCCCUGUGGCCUCCGAGCCCCUGGCUGGAGAUGGGGGUGCUGGUUCCCUACCUUGCCAAGGCACUCCUGAGGGAGCCGAGUCCCCUGCCCCCCCACAGCACGGCCCCCCUGGACUGCCUCCCACCGAGGCGGGUAGGUCGGAGCCUGCCGGGUCAGAGGCAACGGCCACCCCCGUCCCCUCGCCUGAGGUGGCCCAGGGUGCCGUGUCCUGGGUGUUGCCGCUGGUGUGGCUGGAGAAGAGCCUCAACGCCUCGUCCCUGCUGGAUUCCCUGCGGCACAGCCUGCCCCUGCCCGUGCCGCGGCAGGACAUCGGCACCAGCGUCACCCCCGUGCCCACCGCGGUCGCCGGCACCAGCGUCACCCCCCGUGCCCACCGCGGUCGCCGGCACCUUCAUGACUCCCCCGGACCUGCGGGAUAAGAGCAUGAACACAUCUGCGGGUGGCCUCCCUCGCCCCAAGGACAGUGCUGCCGAAACAGACUCCCUGCUCUGGCACUGUCCCCGGGAGCAGCUGAAGUCCCUGCCACGGGCAGAGCUGGAGGGGCGGCUGGAGAGCACCCUCAUCAUCAUCGAAGCCCUCUCGCUCCAGCUGCGUGACUGGCAGGAGAGCCAGCGGCCGCUGCCCGGCGUGGGGCCAGCCGAGCAGAGGGACGCACUCACGCAGACUGACAUCACCCACCCCAAAGGGGAGGAAGAGAUCUACCGCAACCUCUACCUUGAGCUGCGGAGGAAAACGGAGGCUCUGCAGCGGCAGCGGGGAGCCGAACGGGACCUGCAGUGGGAGCUGGAGCUGGCUGCCGCGGGGACGACUGCCUGGAGCAGGCAGUGCCUGCUGUUUCGGGGCCUCGUAGAUGCUGCCUUUCAGAGCUUGCAGGAUGAGCAGGGAGCCCUUGCCCAGGAGCAGGAGCAGGCGAGGGCCCUGGUGUCCCGGUGUCGGGCUAUGCUGGAGAGCGUGCCCGGCAAGCUGCGGAGCUGCCUGGAGGAGCGGGAUGCCAUGAGGCAGCAAGCAGAUGAAGCCCUCCGAGCCAAGGAGGAGGGAGAUCGCUUCCUGGAGACCUUCCGCGCCCACGCCAGCGCCCAGAUCGGUGCCCGCGACCAGAGCCUGGCGUCCCAGCGAGAGCUGACCACGCUGCUGGCGGAUGCCAUCGACCAGCAGGCAUCCCUGGCUGCCGAGGCUCAGCCUUUCUGGGAAUUUGUAGAUAUCACCUUUGAAAAUCUGGAGGAGGAAAGGAGAGCCCUGGACGAGGAGCGGGAGCAGGCGAGGGCCCUGGUGUCCCGGUGCCGGGCUGUGCUGGAGAGCGUGCCCGGCAAGCUACGGAGCUGCCUGGAGGAGCGGGAUGCCAUGAGGCAACGAGCGGACGAAGCUCUUCAAGCCAAGGAAGAGGUGUCCUGCCAGCUGGAGGAGACCUCGGUGGCCCUGCAGGACACGGUGGCUCAGCUGGAGCAGCUGACGGUGGCCAACUCACGCCUCAGCGCAGACCUGAGCAACCUGAUGACAAAUCUGGCCAGCCUGGAACAGGAGCGGGAUGCGCUGCAGCAGGAGAACGAGGAGCAGUGGGAGGAGAUGGCCUGGCUGGCGCGGGAGAGGGACACCCUGCAGCGAGAGUGCAACGGGCUGUGCCAGGAGCUGCGGGAGUCAACCGAGUGCCGGGAGUUCCUCGAUCAGGAGAACUGCAUGUCCCGCACACAGCUGCUGGAGGUAGAGGCCAGGCUGAAGUCCACGCUGGCCACCCUGCAGGAGCGCAGCCUGCAGUACGAGGAGCUGAUGGAUUCCCACCAGCGCUUGCGGGAAGAGCAGGCUGCCCUCGGUAAGGAGCUGGAGACCACCAAGGCCGAGCUCCUUGACUUGCAGCUCAAGAGGGACAAAAUCUCCUGGUGCUCCGCGGACAUCACCGAGAGCAAGAUGCGGCUGCAGGAGCUCGCUGACUGCCUCAGGGCCGCUCUGCAAGAGGAGGAUGACGAUGCCCCACCGAGAAGCAGAGCCUGGACCCCGGCUCCGCGGACGCCGGGCUGGCAGACACCCCGCCGUGCCUGGACCCCCGCCUGCCGCACACCAGCAUGCCGCACCCCGUACCAUGCCAGGGCCUCUUUUGUAGGCAGUGUCCUGAAAGCGGUGUCGGGGAAAGAUGUCGAUGAAGCCACCGGAGGUGGGAGUGUAUUUACCAAGGACAAACCUGCCUCUACACCAAAGCCAAUAGAGCCCGAGGACGGUCUGCUGGAGAGCGUGAAGGAGCUGAGAGCCAUGGUCUCUGACCUCACCAUGCUGAGCUCCCGCAUCCAGGAGCUGGAGCAGAGCGAGUUCAAGGCGCUGCAGACGGAGAUCUCCGACCUGCAGCUCCGUCUGGAGACAGUGACAGCCGAGAGCCAGGAGAAGAUGGAUGCCCAGGCUGCCACCAUCGUCAAGCUGAACAAGGCGCUGAGGGGCAAGCUAGAGAAUGAGAAGGAGCUGCAGGACGUGGUGAAACAGCAGGAAGAGAAGAUGCUGCAACUCAUCGACAAGAGUGGGGAAGUCACGAGGCUGAAGGGAGAGGUCUCCCAGCUGAAGCGCUCGCUCCAGCGUGCAGAGACGGAGGCCAAGGUGCUGUGGGAGGAGAUGCGGGGGCAGGAGCCCAAGGUAGAUGCUGUCUACGUCCAGGAGCGAGUCCUGCUGCGGCAGGAGGUGGACAAACUGCGGCUGCUGCUCCUGGAGAAAGAGGAUGAGAAUCUGCUGCUCUCCGACAAGUACCUGGAGCAGGUCCGAGGGUUGGAGCUGAGGCUCCGUCAUGCCCAGAAAGUGCUGAGGACCCACGAGGAGAUGCAGGAGAAGAUGAAAGAGGUCCUGUCGGCCGUCCCCGACGUGGCAGCCAGCUGCCAGGAGCUCCACAGCCUGCUGCGGUACUUGGGCCUGAAGCCAGCCAGUGGCAGCAAGGAAGUUGCUGAGCCGCUAUAGCCUGUAGCGUGAAACCUUCCUCUUCUUAAUGCUGUAAUUAUUUAUUGAAUAAAGUUUUGUUGGCUUUCA